AUGCUGGUUUCUCCCAUGGCUGAAAGGAACAAAGACACUAUCCUGGAGGUUCUGGCCGACUACGUAGAUGAAACAAGUUCGGCUUUUGGACUGGAACUCGGAUCUGGGACCGGACAGCAUGUGGUGCACUUUGCCCACGCCCUGCCCAGUGUGACCUGGCAACCUUCUGAAAUCAAUCCAACUUCUCAACAGAGCAUCUGUGCAUACAUCCGUGCUACCAAAGUGACCAAUGUCCGAGAGCCCCUGGCCAUCGAUGUAUCACAGCCAUGGAACCAGUGGGGUGGCCUGACGCAAGGCUGCUGUGACUUCAUUGUCAUCAUCAACAUGCUACACAUGACUGACCGAGGCAUGGAGGGGAUGUUUAAAGGGAUAGGACAAUUGCUGAAACCUGGAGGCAUUUGCCUAGCCUAUGGGCCCUUUGCCGUUAAUGGGAUCAUCCUACCAGAAUGCAACGUGCACCUAGAUGAAAUGCUUCAGGUCAGGAACCCUGAAUGGGGGCUGAGAGAUGUAGAAGAGCUUCGUCAGCUGGCCAACACCAAUGCAUUACGGCUUGAACGCAUGCUGGAGAUGCCUGAAUAUACCAAAUGCCUGAUCUUUCGUCGGAAGCAGUUCUCUGAAUGCUAG